GAAUACGGUAUAGUUUAGAAGUGAAUUGAAGCAAGGGGGAAGUAGGAAGAAACGUACGUUGAUCUGCGUGGAGGAAGCAGAUGGACGAGAAUGAAGUGCUGCAGGAACUUCACAACCUAACGCACAUAGAAUCAGAAGAAUCACUGAACCGCAUCCUCUGCACCCUCUGGUCCACGCGCAACACCGGUCUUCCUCUCUCCGACAAGACUCGCUUCCAAUCCCUCCUCCGCCUCUCUUCACUCUCUCAACUCGACCCCGUCUUGGCGUGCCUCCGCUCCCUCCUCCGAAAAUGCGCGCGCUACAACCUUGCUCGCCCCGACCACCACCACGACGUCUUGAAGCUCUUUCCCCCCGACCUUCCGCAACAACUCCGAACCAAUCUCCUCUCCUCGUUGAGGAAAAACUGUGAUCAAUGGAAGGAGGACGCGUCUCUGCAAUUCAAGGGUACGGCGAAUGUUGCUCCUUCUCUGCUCUGGCCGCGACAUGACCCCGCCUCUGUUGCCUCGCUCAAUCGCGCUGGUUCCGAAACGGCGUCGCCCAGCUUCCAGUGUGAUGCCGUUGCUCCUUGUGAUGACUUGCAAAGCAUUCCUUGCCUCAAAUCAAUGACGUGGACCAUGGAGAACCGUGGAUCAUCAUCCCCUGCGAAUAGAGUGGCUAUAAUCAGCCUCAAGCUGCAUGAUUACAGCAAGUCUCCAUCAGGUGAAACAGAGGUGAAGUUUUUUCUCACAAGGGACACUCUUGAAGCUAUGCUGAGAUCCUUGACAUACAUCAGGGAACAACUGAAUACUGUUGAGACUUCUUCCGGGCCACCAAACAAGAAACAAAAGCUGUAGCUGGUCUUUCCAGAAAUUAAUGCUGUAGUUCCUUAGUCACAAUACUUGGUAAUAUUAUUAGGAGAAAUAUCUCAUCUGUUUAAAACAUCGACAGUAAAAAUAGAGAGCCAGUGAAAGAAAUGUUAACUAAGACAUGUUGUAAUGUCAUUUGCCAUCUUAAUAUAUUGGAUUCCAUAACUGAUUUUUGCUA